AUGUCUGGAAGAGGAGGUUUUUCACGUGGUAAAGGAAACUUCAGAGGAGGCCGUGGUGGCGGUGGUGGCCGUGGAGGUAGAAACUUUGAUCAAGGUCCACCAUCUAAUGUUGAAGUUGUUGGUUCUGUAACACAUUCUGUAGAUGAAAAUACAAUUUGUGUAUCAAAUACCUCAGGAAAAAUACCAUAUUUUAAUGCUGUUAUUUAUAAUGAAAAUAUUCAGCAACUUGGUAAAGUUGAUGAAAUUUAUGGUGGACCAAAAGAUAAUGGAUUUUCUGUAAUUUUAUCUGAAGGUGUAAAAGCAAAAAAAUUUAAACAAGGAGACUUAGUACACAUUGAUCCAUAUAAAUUACUUCCAAUUGAAAAAUUUUUACCAGGAAGUCAAAAUAAAUCAUCAGGUGGACGUGGUGGUCGAGGUGGUGGUAAUAAUUUUUCACGUGGUCGUGGCGGUAAUCGAGGAGGUAAUGAUCGUGGGGGAUUCAGAGGAAAUAAUCGUAGUGGAGGUCGUGGUGGUGGUCGUGGUGGUAGUAAUAAUGACCAAGGAUUUAAAAGAAGAGGAAAUUUUGGAAAUAAUGGAAAUAGUGGGGGAUAUAAAAAAUUCAGAAGCAGUUGA